GGGAGAAUGUGAGCGGGAGGCGGGGGGGAUUCGGAGAGAGGCGGAGGCGGAGGCGGCAAUUCCGAAAGGAGCGAGGGAGGAUCAGAGACAUGUCGGUGUGAACCGGAAAGAGUCGGUGCAGCAAGAGGAAGAGGAGAGAGAGAGAGAGAGAGAGAAGAGGUUCACCAUGGACACACGCUUCACCAGGGGCAAGUCUCCCAUCCUGGAGCGCUCGAUAACUCGCCCAAAGACCGAGGUCAGCCUGAGUGCCUUUGCCCUGCUCUUCUCGGAGAUUGUGCAGUACUGCCAGAACCGGGUGUACUCCGUGUCCGAGCUCCAGAACAAGCUGUCGGAGCUGGGCCAGCAGGUGGGUGUGCGCAUCCUGGACGUGCUGGUGAUGCGGGAGAAGAACGGCAAGCGCGAGACCAAGGUCAUAAACGUGCUGCUCUUCAUCAAGGUCAACGUGUGGAAGGCCCUGUUCGGCAAGGAGGCAGACAAACUGGAGCAAGCCAACGAUGAUGACAAAACCUACUACAUCAUUGAGAAGGAGCCACUCAUCAAUGCCUACAUCUCGGUGCCCAAGGAGAACAGCACACUGAACUGUGCCUCGUUCACUGCAGGCAUUGUAGAGGCCAUUCUCUCUUACAGCGGCUUCCCUGCCAAAGUCACUGCUCACUGGCACAAGGGCACCACCCUGAUGAUCAAGUUUGACGAGUCAGUCAUUGCGCGUGAUAAAGCUUUGGAUGGACGCUAAGAUAUUCCACCACUGCCUGCGUCACUUUGGCAUGUGUAACUGCACCCUCCUCCCUUAUCCUUUUCUCAAUAAUUCCAUUUCUUUCCGCCACCAGCCCCCAAAAGACCUCAAAGCAGUGACUGUGCAGUGUUGAACUGACCUUGUCUCCACCCUGCUGCCCCCUUCUGACCAUUGACCAUUCCAACUGUGCAAGAUUCACUUUGGAUUCAUAUUGCCUCUCUUCCUGACUCUGUCCUGCAGCAGUGACCCUGACUUCUGGGACUUGCUGCAGGCUGUGCCCCAAUUAACCACACAUCCCCCCCCCCCAACCAGCCCAAUGUCUGCUAUCUGAAGUUAUGGGGGGAAAGUUACCAUAACAUUCUAAAAGAUUUAUGAAAUCCAGUGUUGGCGACAGUCACUCCUAUCUGAGAGGCUGCAGGAUUUAGGAACCAUUUCACCCAGUGUUAGUUGGCAGGGCCAACAGGACAGAAUUUUCCAGAGUUCUGUGUUAACUCAAUGAGAGGCACCAUCAUACUAGGGGAGCUGGUAUGGGGGAGAUGGGAAAAUGUUCUCUCUCCAAAAAGGGCAGUUCUUCUCUCAUUGGGACAGUGUAGAGGGAGCUUUAUUCUGAAUCUAACCUCGUGCUGUACCUGCCCUUGGAGUGUUUGAUGGGGACAGUGUAGAGGGAGCUUUACUUUGUAUCUAACCCUGUGCUAUACUGUCC